AAGAGCUCAAACUCUACCCCUGUUUUAAAAUAUUAGAAUUAUUGUAAUAUGUCUUUCAAUUUUAAUACCUGUGAGCUACGAUCACCCCAGUUGACUAUUUUCUGAUUUUUCUGCCAUAGGGUUGAUAUCACUAGGAUACUUCGUUUAAUAUUUUUAUAAAACGUGUAAGAAAAAUAACAAUAGUGGUAACUUACAGUACUUUAGAGUUUACCAAGCUUCCAGCUUCUUGUGCUCUUUAUCCAUGGUCUUAUUUUAUCUUUAUAUCAACCUAGAAAGAUAGGCAAGUUUGGCUUUAUGAUUGCUAUUUUACAGAUUGAGUAGACUAAGCCUCAAAAGGUGAAGCCCAAGCCUUCAGAAGGUGUACCUGUCACAUCAUGUCUCAAGCCCAGAUUUUCCCCACUCCAAACAUAGAUGUUUCCUCCAUACUCACCUGAUUCGAGGAACUCUACCUCUCCUUUGAAGUGCAUUUCCUUUGUUCCUCCUUAUGUCUUUUUAUCUCCUUUACUUUCUCUCCCUCCUCCAUUUUGCUUCCCUUUUUUCAUUGAUUCUUACUGUCAUUUGUGACCACUUGGGACCAAAGUGCUUGUUUACCUCCAUUCAACAAAAAACUUACUAUUAGUCUAGCCUCUUGCCAUUCAAAUGGAAACCCAAUAUAUUCCAGCUGAUUUAUUUGAGCUGAUUCAUUCAGGAUGAUCAAAAUGGUCCCUUCCUUCAGUAAAACUGUGUGGGGGGAAGGGGGGUCAUUUCUGUUUUCCUUCCUGUAUUGCCUGCAUCAGCAUGGUGUAGUCCUCAUGCAAUUAGUGCUCUUCAUUAGGCAGGGUGACUGAUUUUGGUAUAAAUUUACCUGCCAGCAGGAAAGAUUUUUCUAAAUUUUAAUAAUGUUUUCUCUGCAAAUUAUUUUUUAGUUUUUGGGAUUUCCAGAAGAAAAGAUCAAGGGGGAAUUAUCAAGAAUAAAUUUUUUUUCUGAGUAGUUAAGCCUAAAAUGACCACAACCUUGGCCCUUCAGACUCCAGAGAUGCAGGAGGGACUUCUGUCAGUGAAAGUAAAAGAGGAAGAGGAAGACCAUACCUGUGGGCAAGAAUCUGGCCUAUCAAGAGAUAACCCUCAUACCAGAGAGAUCUUUGGUAAACGUUUCAGGCAGUUCUGCUAUCAGGAGACACCUGGGCCCCGAGAGGCUCUUGGAAGACUCCGGGAGCUCUGCCAUCAGUGGCUGAGACCAGAGAUGCACACCAAAGAGCAGAUCCUGGAGCUGCUGGUGCUGGAGCAGUUCCUGAGCAUCCUGCCUGAGGAGCUCCAGGCCUGGGUGAGAGACCACCACCCAGUGAGUGGGGAAGAGGCAGUGACUGUACUGGAGGAUUUGGAGAGAGAGCUGGAUGAACCAGGAGAGCAGGUCCCAACCCAUCCUGAGGAACAGGAACAGUUUGUGAAGGACAAAGCAACUCUAGGACCAACCCAGAAAUCGUCAGUUGGCCAGCUCCAAACCUUGGAAGAGCAGUGUCAGUGUAACUUGCGAGAGGUGUGCCUGGUUCAGGACAUUGAUAAUGAGGCUGGGACUUGGAAUGAGCUUUCCAAAGAAAUGAAAUCACUUAUGGAAUUACCUGGAAAAUUGAAUGGGGAUAUUAUUCAGAUGCCUGAAAGUGGAGACACCUGUGACCAUGAGGGCAGAUUGGAAAAGCAACGGGUAAGCUCUUCAGUGGAGAGACCCUAUAUCUGUGGUGAAUGUGGAAAAAGCUUCACUCAGAAUUCCAUCCUUAUCGAGCACCAGAGAACACACACAGGCGAGAAGCCCUAUGAAUGUGAUGAGUGCGGGCGGGCCUUCAGCCAGCGGUCAGGCCUGUUCCAGCACCAGAGACUGCACACGGGGGAGAAGCUCUACCACUGCAACACUUGUGGCAAAGCCUUCAGCCAGAAUGCUGGGCUUUUCCAUCAUCUCAGGAUCCACACUGGGGUAAAACCUUACCAGUGCAGUCAGUGCAAUAAGAGCUUUAGUCGACGUUCUGUCCUCAUUAAACAUCAGAGAAUUCACACUGGAGAAAGACCUUAUGAAUGUGAAGAAUGUGGCAAGAACUUCAUUUACCAGUGCAACCUCAUCCAGCAUCGAAAAGUCCACCCUGUGGCAGGAUCCCGCUAGCUCCUUA